AAGAAGAGGAAAACAACAGUAUUCUGGUGCAACACGCGGUGAAACUCGUCUCCUUUGGCGAAUGAGCCAGUUGGCGGAAUCGAUCGAUUAAACAUGCUUCUACUCGUGGAACUCAUGGUUUUGGCGGCUCAGAUAAUGGCGCUGGGUCACGAAGUCGUUGCAGAAACGGUGAUAACGGCGGCUGAGGCGCCCGCGUGGUUCAUGAAAUCGGAAUUCUUCUCCGAAAGCGAGCCAAUGACGGACCUGAGCAAACACCCGUGUCGGCGAAGAUGCAGGGACGGAGAGCCCUCCAUGGAAUGUCGCUACGAUUUCCGUCUUGAGGCUUAUCACACAAUGAGCAAAGCCUGCUUCGACUGCUUUUCAAAUAUAACCGACUGCUUCAGGCAGGAUUGCAUUCCCGCCGACGGCGUGAAGCGAUCCCUCGUCGUAGUCAACCGGCAGAUGCCAGGACCCGCUAUCGAGGUCUGUCUGGGGGACCGGAUAAUAGUCGACGUCCACAACAUGUUGCCCGCGGAGAGCACGACCAUGCACUGGCACGGACAACACCAUCGCAGCACCCCUUACAUGGACGGCGUACCCUACGUGACGCAGUGCCCGAUUCACCCUGGAGCCACCUUCCGGUAUCACUACGGCGCAGCCACCUCCGGGACCCAUUUUUGGCAUUCGCAUUCCGGAUUUCAGCGCGGCGACGGUGUCUUCGGCCCGCUCAUAGUCCGCGUUCCACCCCUUCUGGACCCUCACUUUAAUUACUACGACUUCGACGAGCACACGAUGAUCGUCAUGGAUUGGGAUCACGAGACCGGCGCCGAUAAGUUUCUCGCUCACCACCACGCUGGCGGAGACAACAAGCCCUCAAACCUUCUGGUGAACGGCCUCGGCCGCUACGAUGGUGUCAAGACACCCCUCGCCACUUUCGUUGUGAAAGAGAAACGAAGGUACAGAUUCCGCGUGAUAAACGCCGAGUUCCUCAAUUGUCCAAUCGAGAUCUCUAUCGACAAUCACACCAUCUACGUAAUCAGCACCGACGGAAACGAUAUCCAACCGGUUGAAGCCGAAUCGCUAGUUACCUACGCUGGGGAGAGAUUCGACUUUAUCCUCCAGGCAAACCAGAAGCAGGACAACUAUUGGAUUCGGUUCCGGGGUCUUAUGGACUGCGACGAGCGGUUCACCAGGGCAAACCAGGUGGCAAUUUUACGGUAUAUGGGAGCACCCGAGGUCGAGCCAACCGCAAAUGUAUCUUACGAACGAAAUGUUUCAACCUCAACGAAAGCGUUGCAAGUCAAUGCGCUCAAUCAAGGCACGGAAAAUAACGCGACGACCAGCAUGCCGUUACUGUACUCCCUGGAUCUCGACAACGAGGCCAACACCAGAGAUCCGGAUUAUCAGUUUUAUAUUUCUUAUGAUUUUUAUGCAAAGGAUAACCCCCAUUUUCACCGGAAAAAUCUCUACGGUUUUCACAAAGUGAUAAACAACAGUCAGAGAGUAUUUACGCCCCAACUUAAUUACAUAUCAAUGAAACUACCGGAUUUUCCGCUGCUCUCCCAACGCGAAGCGAUCCGGCCUGAUCAGUUCUGUAACGAAAGUAGCGUUACAAAUUGCGAAGAAAACUAUUGCGCCUGCACUCACGUUCUCCAAGUAAAAUUGGGAAGCGUGGUAGAGCUGGUUUUGAUCGACAAAGGUUUUACCUAUGAUGCAAACCAUCCAUUUCACUUACACGGUCACGACUUCCGAGUCGUGGCCAUGGAGAGGGUUGGAAAAAAUGUUACAGUCGACGAAGUUAAGAGGCUAGAUGCUGCUGGUCUUAUUAAAAGAAAGCUCAGUCAGGCCCCAAUCAAGGACACGGUGACCGUUCCUGAUGGAGGUUACACGGUGGUCCGUUUCCACGCCAACAACCCCGGGUACUGGCUGUUCCAUUGCCACAUCGAGUUUCACGUUGAACUUGGGAUGGCCUUAGUAUUCAAAGUCGGUGAGCACAAGGACUUUCCACCGGUACCCGAUAAGUUUCCACGAUGUGGAAGCUACACCCCAAUUGGACCUCCGGAAGCAACGACGAGGACAACCGUGGAGACGACGACUGUUGAUUCAACGACGACGGAGUUGAUGACAACGAAAAAAUCAUUUUCCACGGCUUCGACGACGACGACGACCGCGACCGCGACGUCAAAUCUCACAGAAAACGAGGUUGUGAUCAGAGAACAGCUCAGCAUAAUUCGAUGGCUUUCUUCGGUUGUUCGCGAUUUGACGAUGAAGGCCAGCUCGGCGGAUUCGACCAAAAAAAUUUCUCCUGUUAAGAUCGUUCUCUCAAUAGUCACACUUUUGUUUGCCAAUAGUAUUCAACGAUAAAACGAUCAACGAAGCGAACACUCGACUGAUGGUUUUCGAGAUGUCGUGACCUUUGGCAGGUACGAAUUUGGCGACAUUUGCCGGUACCUGUAGUAACGGUUCAAAGGACUGAACUUAUCGCCAUCUGAAAUAUUUUCAUCGUCGCACUCGUAAUUUCUUGUAAAAGUAUAAUGUUUUUCUUUUAUCACAACUAGACGAAAUGACGAUUAAACUACUCUAAAAUAUGUCGGUGUAGUAGAGGUAUUCAUCUUCUCCUUCGGUGAUACAAAAAUUACAUAAAACUUCUGAUCCUACUGAUAGUAAUAAGUAUUACAAUCUAUAGGAUACACAAAGAACACAUGAAACGAAUAAAACGGAAAACAGAGACGUUCGUAUGUCGGCCAUGAAGAAUUCGACGAGUUGUUAAUUUAUGAUUUAAUUUCCAACAGACAUUGUAUGGACGGUCAAUUGUUUAUGUCUUGAUUAACAUCAAAGCCACGGACAUUGAACACGCGGUUACUUUAGCACGGGACGAAGGAAAUCGCGUUACGUAACUCCCGCGUAACGUCGCUUCCCGUACUAAAUUAGAUUAUAAUAAUUUUGUAAUAUCAGUGAUACUAGAAAUCCGUUAUACGGUGUAUACUGUGUAAUGAUCCGGAUAUUAUAUAAAUCUCAGCAUAUUAUAUAU